GUUUCAAGUCAUAAACUAUUUAUAUGACCAUAAAUUUUUGUGUUAAUAGGAAACUGAAAAGAAAGUGUACUGGAUCGAAUUCGACACAAGAGAUUUUGUUAAAAUGGAGAAAUUUUAACCAAGAGGUUAAUUUGAACGUUGAACAAUCGAAGAAGAAGAGAAAAUGGAUCAAGAAAAGGUUGUAUGCAAGGCAAAGGUGGUCCUGAGAAUUCGAGUUGUAAAUACAGAGGAGUUAGGCAGAGGACUUGGGGUAAAUGGGUGGCUGAAAUUCGCGAGCCUGCUUAUAUUAGUGGUGAUAAUAAAAGCAAAGGAAAGCGACUUUGGCUAGGUUCUUUUGAUAGUGCUGAUGAGGCUGCUAUCGCUUAUGAUGAAGCUGCAAAGGUUAUGUAUGGAUCCAAUGCCACACUCAACUUCCCCAAUUAUUCGAGUAAUGGUAGCAUUACUCGAACAUCUUCACUUGAAUUGAGUGGUCAAUCGUGUGUUGAUCAUGAAGAUUUAGUGCUUGAUGGUUCAAAGAAUGAUGAAAUUGAGUCGGAUUUGAAAACAUCAGAUACACCAAAUACAGAUUUAAGUUAUGAUUAUGUUAAUCAUGGUUCGCCUGCUUGUUCCUGGAAUGAAGAGGACUUGGAAGUAAUCAUGGAGGAGAACUCUAAAAAUGAAUUAAUUGAUUCGGAGUGCAAUUCAGAGAUAUUUACCUAAAUCUCAAAAUUCUUGUGUUAAA